AGCGGAUACAGGUGUAUAAGUGCUGCAUGUUCAAUGAGUCAUGUAGAUAAGUAGAUACGAAGAGAUCGAGGGAGAACAGAGAAGAAGCGGACUGAAGCCGGUUUUAAAGAAGUCAAGCCAAACUGAACCCGCAGACAUGGCUUUCAACACGCUGACCUCGAGAGCAGUUUUGCUGUAUGAUGAGUGGAUCAGAGAAGCAGAUCCACGGACGGAGAACUGGCUCCUAAUGUCCUCGCCGUUCCCCCAAACGUUCAUCAUCGCUGCUUACAUCUACUUUGUGACAACACUAGGACCUCGGGUCAUGGAGAACCGUAAACCCUUUGACCUCAAGCGGCCCAUGAUCAUCUAUAACUUCGGCAUUGUGGCUUUUUCGCUGUACAUGAUUUACGAGUUUCUCAUGUCUGGUUGGGCGAACGGAUACACCUAUGGGUGUGACCUUGUCGAUUAUUCAAGUUCUCCUCAGGCUGUCAGGAUGGCGUGGACCUGCUGGCUGUACUAUUUCUCCAAAUUCGUUGAGAUGCUGGACACUGUUUUCUUUGUCCUGAGGAAAAAGAACAGCCAAGUAACUUUCCUGCAUGUCUACCAUCACUCCAUCAUGCCCUUCACUUGGUGGUUUGGAGUCAAAUUUGCACCAGGUGGUCUGGGAACUUUCCACGCCCUCCUGAACUGCGUCGUCCAUGUCAUCAUGUACACCUACUAUGCUCUCUCCGCACUGGGACCCGCCUACCAGAAGUACCUGUGGUGGAAAAAGUAUAUGACCUCCAUCCAGCUGGUUCAGUUUGUGAUGGUGACCGCUCACAUCGGCCAGUUCUUCUUUAUGAAAGAUUGUCCUUACCAGUUUCCCGUCUUCCUCUACAUUAUUGGUCUAUACGGGCUGAUCUUUCUGAUCCUGUUCCUCAACUUCUACUACCACGCCUACACCAAGGGCAAGAGGCUUCCCAAAGUGCUCCAGAACGGAAACUGCCAUCAGAACGGAAAUUACCUUCACAAAAAGCCUGAGUAAUAUCUGUGGGAAUAUUCCUUUUUAUUUCAGAGUAUGUUUGAGGUUCCACUCCCCUGUUUUAUGUUAAAACUAUCGUGGAAUACCACCUUUAUCACUGGAUUUAAUAUUUCCAAACAUGCACACUGGUGUUUCAUUAGAGAUGCUGUAUUCAUGUUCGUUUUCACUUCAGGCUAUGAAAUGAGUAUGGGGUGCAUGUACUAUAUUGUUUUUAAGGUCCCCCACUUCACCUGUAAAUAUUAGCGUAUAUUGAUCUUUGGAAUAUGAUUGACCUGCUGGCCAAAUCUGAUAGGAGGUUAUGAGAGCAAUGGUGACUUUGACGUUUUAUCUAAAAGGGUUUUUGACGGUUAUGUUUUAGUUGUAACUAAAUGAUCCCGAAAUCCUUUUAAACCUGGAGGAGUUUUGACCGAUUUACCUUGUGCUCGAACCUGAAGGUUUACUGCAUGCAGAAGUGAUGUCAUCUGAAGUUAUUUUUGUCAAUGAUGCGGCUUUGACUAUUUAUUUGUUAAUUUAAUGUUUCUUAAUGUGUUCCUCCUUUUAAAAAAAAUGCUGAAUGGUUUCUGAUCGAAUUGGCCGUUAUGCUUUUUAUUCAAGACCGAAGACUUUGAUGCCAACAUUAUCCAAUGUCUUUUAAACCUUUGUAACUUUGUUUAAAAAAAAAAAAAACAGUUUUAUAAUGUGACAAAAUAAAUUAUUUUCAAUAAUG